CCGGAGCUCGAGCGUUUCCAGUAUGGCUUCCGCACCAAUGCCCAAGUAUAACUCCCACUCCUUGGAGAAUGAGUCGCAGAAGAGGGCCUCGAGCGAUGGACUCAAUCAGGAUGUGGGCGCGGCAGUUCCGCGACUUCCAGGAGAGACGCGCAUUACGGACAAAGAAGUUAUUUACAUAUGUCCUUUCAAUGGCCCCAUUAAGGGAAGAGUUUACAUCACAAAUUAUCGUCUUUAUUUAAGAAGUUUGGAAACGGAUUCCUCUCUAAUCCUUGAUGUUCCUCUGGGCGUGAUCUCAAGAAUUGAAAAAAUGGGAGGUGCCACAAGUCGAGGAGAAAACUCCUAUGGUCUCGACAUUACUUGUAAAGACAUGCGGAACCUGAGGUUUGCCUUGAAGCAGGAAGGCCACAGCAGACGGGACAUGUUUGACACCCUCACGAAGUACGCUUUCCCCCUGGCCAACAAUCUGCCAAUGUUUGCAUUUUUAAACGAAGAAAAAUUUAACGUGGAUGGAUGGACAGUUUACAACCCAAUGGAAGAAUACAGAAGGCAGGGCUUACCCAACACCCAUUGGAGAAUCACUUUUGUUAACAAGUGCUAUGAACUGUGUGACACUUACCCUGCCCUUUUGGUGGUUCCCUACCGCACCUCGGAUGACGAUCUCAGGAGAGUUGCGACUUUCAGAUCACGAAAUCGAAUUCCCGUGCUGUCUUGGAUUCAUCCUGAAAACAAGACGGUCAUUGUGCGCUGCAGCCAGCCUCUUGUCGGCAUGAGUGGCAAGCGGAAUAGAGAUGAUGAGAAGUAUCUCGAUGUGAUCAGGGAGACCAAUAAACAAAUCGCUAAACUCACCAUCUACGAUGCCAGACCCAGUGUGAAUGCAGUGGCCAAUAAGGCAACAGGAGGAGGAUAUGAAAGUGAUGAUGCGUAUCAUAACGCUGAACUUUUCUUCUUAGACAUUCAUAACAUCCAUGUCAUGCGGGAAUCUUUGAAAAAGGUCAAAGAUAUUGUUUACCCUAAUGUGGAAGAGUCUCAUUGGUUAUCCAGCUUGGAGUCAACUCAUUGGUUAGAGCACAUCAAGCUUGUCCUGACGGGGGCCAUUCAAGUGGCAGACAAAGUGUCUUCAGGGAAGAGCUCCGUGCUCGUGCACUGCAGUGACGGCUGGGACAGGACAGCGCAGCUGACGUCCCUGGCCAUGCUGAUGUUGGACUCCUUCUACCGGAGCAUCGAAGGCUUCGAAAUCUUGGUGCAGAAAGAAUGGAUCAGCUUUGGACACAAGUUCGCAUCUAGAAUAGGCCACGGGGAUAAGAACCACGCCGAUGCAGACCGGUCUCCCAUCUUCCUCCAGUUCAUUGACUGCGUGUGGCAGAUGUCGAAACAGUUUCCUACAGCUUUCGAGUUCAACGAGCGGUUUCUGAUUACCAUCUUGGAUCAUCUGUACAGUUGCCGGUUUGGUACUUUCUUAUUCAACUGCGAAGCUGUUCGGGAAAGACAGAACGUUACAGAAAGAACGGUUUCUCUCUGGUCACUGAUAAAUAGCAACAAGGAAAAAUUCAAAAACCCCUUCUACACUAAAGAAAUCAAUCGCGUUUUGUAUCCAGUCGCCAGCAUGCGUCACUUGGAACUCUGGGUGAAUUACUACAUUCGAUGGAACCCCAGAAUCAAGCAACAACAGCCUAACCCGGUGGAGCAGCGCUACAUGGAGCUCCUGGCCCUGCGGGACGAGUACAUCAAGCGCCUGGAGGAGAUGCAGCUCGCCAACUCGGCCAAGCUCUCAGAGCCCUCCGCCUCGCCAGCUAGCCCCUCGCAGAUGGUGACCCACAUGCAGACGCACUUCUGAGGCUCUGGGCCCAGCGCACGACAAAGGCACUUGGCGACUCUCCUUGGGGGGCUCUGUACAGAGUAGAUGCAAAGAUUGGCCUCCGUGUAGAACUGCACUAACACCAUCUUACACUCUUGAAUAUGUGCCUUCUAGAAUACAUAUUACAAGAAAGCCACCGCGUCUCCGCCGAGCAGCCGGAGGAGAG